UUGGUAAAAUCAGAGUCACAAGAUUAUGUGGGCGAAAAAAUACUGUUCUGUACUGCCCUCCUCCGGUCUAGACAGAACAAUUGAGUCUGCGCUUCAGGGAAAAUGAGUGAAUCACUGGUUGUGUGUGACGUUGAUGGAGACCUAGUUAAAAAGCUACGGGAGUUCCGCUUCCGGAAGGAGACUAACAAUGCUGCUAUCAUCAUGAAGAUUGACAAGGACAAGCAGCUUGUCAUCCUUGAUGAAGAACAUGAGGAUAUUUCUCCUGAUGAUCUGAAGGAUGAGCUGCCUGAAAGGCAGCCAAGAUUUGUGGUGUAUAGCUACAAGUACGAACAUGAUGACGGGAGAGUUUCUUACCCUCUCUGUUUCAUCUUCUCCAGUCCAGUGGGAUGUAAACCUGAGCAACAGAUGAUGUACGCCGGAAGCAAAAACAAACUGGUGCAAACUGUCCAGCUGACCAAGGUGUUUGAGAUCAGAAACACGGAGGACCUGACAGAGGAAUGGCUUAGAGAGAAGCUGGGCUUCUUCGGUUAAGACGAGACCACUUUGGUGAUCUAAUGGACUGAAGGGUGUAGAGGAGGAACAAGACACUUGGAAAGAAAACAACACCAUUGCUUACGUUUCCCUCCUCCGAUGUACCUAUUCCCAUACAAUCCCCCCCCCCCCCCCCCCCCCCCCUCAACAUGUGCCAGUUUCCUGUGUCCUUAAUGAAAUUAACACUACCACUCCUUCUGAGAUGGACGGAGCAAAAUUCAAGGGAAAUUGAAAGGAAUUGUCAUGGCUGCAAUUUCUUUUGAGUUUUGCUUGUUUAGUAAUAAUGACAUAAUUAUGACCUGAUAGAUUAGAUUCUAACCAGUUUUUAUUUUUUAUUUUUUACUGUAACCAAAAGGAUGGUUCUGAUAGUAAGAGGGGAUCUGUGAUUUGGGAAGCUGUUUAAAAAAAAAUGUAUCAAGUUGUGGGAGGAUGCUGGGUUGUGAAGAUACAAUACUACUUUGAUUCUUUAUACAUUUUCAAGAUGGAAGUGCCUCCAGGCUUGAAGCACUUUUGACCUUAAAUCACACAAUCAUAGCCAUUCAUUUUACAUCCAAAUUCAAUGCAUCUUUGACUAUGUUGUGUGUACUUUGUCCUUGUGCUUGGAAAGGUAGGUCAGUAUAAAGAAAUACAUUCAUUUCUUACAACAUUCACUCACUGAUUUAAGUUUAAAUGACACCAUAUGACAACAAAGAAUAUUAAUCCAAAUUACAAUACUCAAAAGAAAAGACAGCUAAAAAAUACAAUUCACCAUCUUGUUUCUGGAUCUAUAUGUUCUUAUUGUAGUUGUUCCCGGGGAAAAGGAAUCGUUGAUGCUCUUGGUCGAUAAGUAACAUUUUAAGAGCCUGCAGCUAACUUCCUUGAGAGUGGCAGACUGUUUCUGAGUGAAAGUUGGUUAUCUCUUCAUCUUUGUUUUAGAGUAGAAUCAUUGUGAUUCUGCAGUGAGACUGUAGUGAGGUAAUGGUACACUAUUCCCUACAUAGUGCACUACUUUUGGUCAUCCGUAGUGCACUAUAUAUGGAAUAGGGUGCCAUUUGGGACACUAUUAUACCAUUGAACUGUGUCCUUCAAAGUGGAGCACCUGUUUCGCCUACAAAGAUUAUCAUUGAUACAUUCUUGAAAGAAACCUCGUGUUUGAUUUAUACCCUGAUGAAGACAGCUUGCCUGCCCGAAACGUUGGACAUAAAAAAAAUUGCAUCUGAGCUAGAGUGUGCGGCUCUCGUUUAUAUAUUUUUUAAGUGUUCCACUCCGCUAGCCAGCACCUCGCCUAAAUAGGUGUGCGUUUCUUUUGCGUCUAGAACAUUCUUGAGAGAAACCUCGUGUUUGAUUUAGGACCAGUUUGUCAGACAUGGAUUAAGCCUAGUCCUGAACUAGAAAGCAAUUUCAAUAGAGACUCAGUUAAUGUGUGUCUGGGAAACCGACUCUUUUAUGUAUAAACAUCAUUCUGUGUCCCAACCUUGGACAGGUGUGAAUACACUGGGAGAUUAGAGAAUCAUCUUUUUGCCUUUUAAAUCCUUUAUUUUAUAAGGUGUAAAAAAAACUUGAAGGGCUGGUUUCCUGGGCACAAAGUAAGGCUAGUCCUGGACAUUAAAAAAAAGUACUUUUGCUCAUUGAACAUGCCUGUUUGUCCAGGACUAGCCUUAAUAUACAGUAUAUCUGGGAAACCGCCCUAAAAGUAUAGUGUAUUACAUUUAGACUGGUAAGAUUCCUGAAGGCUGCCUCUUUCCAUCAAGAGUAUUCUUCUGAUGAACAGAUUUAAAAUGUAAACAAACAAUGUGUACAUCCCAAGUUACACACUUUUUCCCUGUAUAGUGCACUAUGGGUCCAUGGGACUCGGGUCAAAAGAAGUGCACUAUAAAAGGGAAUAGGGUGCGAUUUGAGAUGUACAUUAUGACAUGUCUUCCCAUCUGCUGAAACGUGACAUUGAAAAGCAAAAUAAGACUACAGCUUUUAAACAUCGCCUCAUAGUCCGUAUAUAUGAACUGUACUGGAACAGUCCUGUUUUUACUCUGAAUUGUGCAAUCAGCUGGUGUCAAUGUGAAAAAUGAAAAUGCUUAAUAAUCUGUUCUAAAAAAUAACUUUGAUGUGGUAAGCUACUGUAUAUACAAGUGCAUGCUUUUCGUCAGUGUGUCUUUGUCCCGACAGUUUGCAUUAUGACAACAACAACAAAAAAAACAAUCCCAAACAAA